AAAAAAAAAAAAAAAAAAAAAGAAAGAAAGAUUUCUUGUUUCCUUCAUAGCUGAAACCUUCCACACUCUUUGGAUACCUCAAACCUUUCAUCUCCUUAUUUUCAUCUGUCACACUCAAUUGAAUACCAUUUUGUUUUUUUUUUUGUGUUUUUUCCUUCUCCUGAGGUCCUUCUCUCUACUGCUUUCAAUCUUCUGCGAUUUACUCGUCCAUAAUCACUCCCUUCUCUUCACCUCCAUCCUAACUCGUCCAGAUCCUGCUUUCAAUCCGGUGUUCUGCUCCGUGAAAAUCUUAAUUUGGCUGGGUCGGUCUCACUUCUCCUUCUCUGGUUUUCCUUUUGUCUAGUUGAUUCCAAUAGCAUUGAUUGAGCUUUUUCUCUUGAAUCUGAAUCUGUAGCCCAUUUGUCAGUUCAUCACUCAAUAUUCCCGCUCUCUACACGUUCAUACUCAUUCUCACCGCCGAUUCUCAUUUUCAUUUUCAUUUUCCUGCGUCUAUAUACUUUCAUUUUCAUUCCAAUUUUCUUGUUUGAGCUUUUUACUCUGUACCCGCUUUGUCAUUUUAUCAACUAUUCCCACUCUCUGCCCUUUGUUCUCUUUCUUAUUAGUGACCAAUCUCAUUUUCCUUGUUGUUGGUGUGUGUCUCCCCUCUCCCUCUUUGGAAAAAAAGAAAAAAAAAGAAGAAAAAUUUCUUGUUUCUUUGAUAGCUAAGACCUUCCACAUACUCUGCUCUUUUGAUACCUCGAACCUUUCAUCUCCUUAUUUUCAUCUGUCACACUCAAUUAAAUAUCAAAAUUUUUAGUGUGUUUUCCUUUUCCUGCUGUCAUUUCCCUUUUUGAUAUCUGCUGUCGCACAAUUCCCAUCUAUUUCCAGAGAGAGAAAACUUGGGAAAUGGCAGAUAUUCUUAUUUCCGUUGCAGCAAAAGUUGCAGAGUACCUGGUUGUUCCAAUUGUACGUCAACUGAGUUACCUGUUUAACUACCGUAGCAACCUUGAUAAGCUUGAGGAACAAGUUACGAGGCUGGAUGAUGCAAGGGCGAGGCUGCAGCACGAUGUGGAUAAGGCUAAAAGGCAAGGGGAUGAUAUCGAACAAGAUGUCCAGAAUUGGCUGACACGUGCAGAUGAGAUGAUCCAAAGGGCAAGGGAAUUGAUUGACGAUGAAAACGCUGAAAACACGAGCCGUUUGUGUUUCAAUUUAAAGUUGCGGUACCAGCGAAGCAGGCAAGCGAAGAAGCAGUCUGGGGAUAUUUUUGGUAAAAUCCAAGAAAGUAAAUUUGACAGGGUAUCAUAUCGCCCUCCUCCACGAGGGAUAUGGUCUGCACAACUCAGAGAUUGUAAAGCUUUGGAAUCAAGAGCAUCUAUUUUAAACGAAAUUAUGGAGGCCUUGAGAAAUGAUGAUAUCAGGAUGAUUGGUGUGUGGGGGAUGGGCGGUGUGGGCAAAACCACUCUUGCCUAUCAAGUAGCGGAAAAGGCCGAGAAAGAUAAGUUAUUUGAAAUGGUGGUUAUGGCAUUAAAGGUAUCCCAAUUUCCGAACGUGACAAAAAUUCAAGAACAAAUUGCAAGCGUGUUACGUUUGGAAUUUAAGGAGGAAGGGGAACCGGGAAGAGCAGCCCGCUUAAGCAAAAGUUUACAAAACAAUAAGACGGUCCUGGUGAUUUUGGAUGAUAUUUGGGAAGAACUUAGUCUGGCAAACAUCGGAAUUCCUUAUGGAGAUGCUCAUAGGGGGUGUAAAGUGCUGCUGACUUCCAGAAAUGAGGGUGUGUUAUCUAGAAAGAUGGGUACUCAGAAAAACUUCCAUGUUCAACAUUUAUGUGAAGAGGAAGCCUGGAGUUUAUUUAAGAAGACAGCAGGUGAUUCAGUGGAGGAGCUUAAAUCCAUAGCAAUUGAAGUAGUUAGAGAAUGUGCUGGUCUACCAGUUGCCAUUGUAACAGUUGCAAAGGCAUUAAAAGGCCAGAGUGAGCCUAUGUGGAACAAUGCUUUGCAAGAACUGAAGAGGUCUGCACCAACAAACAUCGAGGGAGUGAGUAAAAACGUAUACUCAUGUCUGGAGUUGAGCUACAACCACUUGGAAGGUGACGAAGUGAAGCGUUUGUUCUUACUUUGUGGUAUGCUGGGCUAUGGUGAUAUUUCAAUGGAUCAAUUGUUAAAAUCUGGCAUGGGUUUGGAUUUGUUUGAACACGUGAGUUCAUUGGAGCAAAUAAGAAAUAAACUAGUGACAUUGGUCAAAAUCCUCAAAGACUCGAGCUUGCUGCUUGAUGCUGAAGAUCGUUAUCGGUCAGGUGUGGGGCCAGGUGUGUUUUUCGGAAAUAAUGAUGAAAACAAGUUUGUCAGAAUGCAUGAUGUUGUUGGUGAUGUUGCCAGAGCAAUUGCAGCAAAAGAUCCUCAUCGAUUUGUUGUGAUCAAAGAAGCUCUUGAAUUAGAAGAAUGGCAAGGGAAGGAGGAGUUCAGAAAUUGCAGUCGUAUAUCUUUGCAAUGCAGAGAUCUCCGUGAGCUUCCGGAAAGAUUGGUAUGUUCCAAACUUGAAUUAUUUUUAUUGAAUGGUAAUGAUCCUUCUUUGAGAAUUCCAAACACCUUUUUUCAAGUGACGGAACUACUAAAAGUUUUGGACUUGUCUGCAAUGCAUCUUGCACCACUGCCUUCAUCACUUGGUUUUCUUUCCAAUCUUCGAACAUUGCGUGUAUACCGAUGCAAACUCCAAGACAUAGCAUUAAUCGGAGAGCUAAAGAAACUACAAGUUCUUAGUUUUGCAAGUUGCGAAAUUCAACGGUUGCCGAAAGAAUUCAUGCAAUUGACUGAUCUAAGGGCGCUGGACUUGUGGGAGUGCUUUCAUCUCAUAGUAAUUCCACGGAAUGUCAUAUCAAGUUUAUCUCGAUUGGAGCAUUUAUGUUUAGGAGAAAGUUUUACCAAAUGGGGGGCUGAAGGAUUUGGUAGUGGAGAAAGCAAUAAUGCUUGCCUUUCUGAGCUGAACAACUUGUCCCAUUUGAAGACUUUAUGUAUAGAAAUAAUAGAUCUCAAUUUGCUAUCAACAGAUCUGGUCUUUGAGAAGCUUACCAGAUAUGUGAUAUCAGUGUCUUCCAUGAGAGAAUAUGUUAAUUAUAAUAGAUCCGCAAGAACGUUGAAGCUCUGCAGGGUUAACAAACCUUGUUUGGUGGACUGCUUUUCCAAGCUGUUCAAGACAGUUGAAGAUUUAGACUUGAGUCACUUGGAGGACACUAAACAUGUUCUUUACGAGUUGCAUACAGAUGAUUUUCUUCAACUCAAGCGUCUUGAUAUCAGAUAUUGUCCUGGGAUUCAAUACAUUGUUGACUCGACCAAAGGGGUCCCAUCACACAGUGCCUUUCCUAUCUUGGAGAAGUUGUUUCUUUCUGGACUCCAGAACAUGGAUGCAGUAUGCUAUGGUCCAAUUCCAGAGGGAUCUUUUGGGAAGUUACGUUCUCUAAGAGUGGAUGGUUGUGAGAGGUUGAAAUCUUUCAUAUCCCUUCCCAUGGAGCAAGGAAGGGAUGGAUCGGUGUUACCUGAAAUGGGAUCCUUGGAUUCGACACGGGACUUCAAGACAGUUGAAGAUUUAGAAUUGCGUAGAUUUGGCGACACUAAACAUGUUCUUUUCGAGUUGGGUACAGUUGAUUUUCUUCAACUCAAGGGUCUUGUUAUCGGAUAUUGUCCUGGGAUUCAAUACAUUGUUAACUCAAUGAAAGGGGUCCCAUCACGCAGUGCCUUUCCUAUCUUGGAGGAGUUGGAACUUUAUAGACUCGAGAACAUGGAUGCAGUAUGCUAUGGCCCAAUUCCAGAGGGAUCUUUUGGGAAGUUACGUUCUCUAACAGUGUAUGAUUGUAAGAGGUUGAAAUCUUUCAAUUCCCUUCCCAUGGAGCAAGGAAGGGAUGGAUCGGUGUUACCCGAAAUGGGAUCCUUGGAUUCGACACGGGACUUCUCCACAGGAGCCAGUGCUACCCAGGAGUUAUCUAGGAGUGAUGUUCCCACACCAUUCUUCAAUGAACAGGUUACACUCCCUAGCUUGGAGGACUUGACAAUGGAAAAUUUGGAUAAUGUGAUAGCAAUAUGGCACAGCCAACUUCCUCUAGAGUCCUGGUGCAAAUUGAAAAGUUUGGGAUUAAGUUGCUGCAGCAAAUUGCUGAAUGUUUUUCCAUCCAAUAUCCUAAAAGGGUUUCAAAGUCUAGAAGAUGUGAGCAUAUAUGGUUGUGAUUCCAUAGAAGAGAUUUUUGAUCUAGGGGGAGUAAAUAGCAAGGAAAUUCAUGAUAUUGCAACCAUUCCAUUGAGAAUAUUGGAUUUAGAUCGGCUAAAUAGUUUGAAGAGUAUAUGGAAUAAGGAUCCUCAAGGACUUGUCUCCUUUCAAAACUUACAGUCAUUAAAAGUCGUUGGGUGUCCUUGUUUAAAAUAUAUUUUUCCAAUUAUGGUAGCAAAAGGCCUUGUGCAACUUAAAUUCCUAGGGAUAAAAUAUUGUGGAGUGGAGGAAAUUGUUGCAAAUGAAAAUGGAGAUGAAGUAAUGUCUUCAUUAUUCCCUGAACUAACCUUUCUCACACUCGAAGGAUUAGACAAACUCAGAGGUUUCUACCGAGGAACACAUAUUGCAAGAGGGCCACAUUUGAAAAAGCUAAUUAUGUUGAAAUGGGAUCAAGUGGGGACACUUUUUCAAGAAAUAGAUUCAGAAGGUUAUAUUGAUAGUCCAAUUCAACAAUCUAUCUUCUUGUUGGAAAAGGAUGCAUUCCUUAAUUUGGAGCUAUUGAUCUUAAAGGGCUCCAAGAUGAAAAUAUGGCAAGGCCAAUUUUCGGGGGAGUCAUUUUGCAAGCUGAGAGUUUUGAAGAUAAAAAUGUGUCACAACAUUUUGGUUGUGAUCCCUUGUAGUAGGCUUCCAAAGUUGCAUAAUCUAAAGGAACUCUAUGUGAGCAAGUGUAAUUCAGUGAAAGAGGUAUUCCAAAUGAAGGAACUUGUGAAUCAGGAAUACCAAGUUGAGACACUCCCACGAUUAACUAAAAUGUUCCUAGAAGAUCUACCACUGUUGACAUAUCUAUCUGGAUUGGUUCAAAUUUUUGAGAAUCUUCAUUCUCUAACAGUAAGUGGUUGUGGAAAUUUAAUAUAUUUGGUGACAUCCUCAAUAGCUAAAACAUUGGUGCAACUCAAAGAGCUUAUUAUAGAACAAUGCAGAUCGGUGAAAGAAAUAGUCGGACAUGAGGGAGGUGAAGAACCAUAUGAUAUUGUUUUCUCCAAAUUACAAAGGUUGAAACUUGUUAACUUACAAAGUCUAAAAUGGUUCUGCUCAACUAGAUGCAUCUUCAAAUUCCCAUCCUUGGAACAAUUUGAGGUGAUAAAAUGCCCUCAGAUGGAAUUUUUUUGUGAGAGAGUCUCAAGUACACCAAGGGUAAAGGAAGUACAAAUUGACGAUCAUGUGGAAGAGCAUUUGGGGUGUGACUUCAAUACCAUCAUCUGUAAUAUAACUUUUGAGAAGUUUUUAUAUGUCAAGGUGAUGUUUGAGAAGGAUCCUGAGGCUCUUGAGGCAACCAUUCAAUUACAUUGGGAGGAUUAUGAAAAAUGGGAUUUUGGAGAUAGUGACGAUGAUUAUGAGUAUGAGGUCAAUGACGAUGAUGAUGAUGAUGAGGUCAACGACGAUGAUGAUGAUGAGGUCAACGACGAUGAUGAUGAGGUCAAAGAAGAGACAGAGGAGGAUGUGAUGAGGAAGAUGAGGAUGAGACAUAGGGAGAUGGAGAGAGUGAUAAAAGGGAAGGAGAGGGAGAUGUAAAGGAGGGAGAGGGAGUAGAAGAGAAAUAUGAGGAUGAGGAUGAUGACAGACCAUAGCCACGACAGACUGAUUUAAUUUUCUAUAUGAAGAAAAAUGAAUAGGUAUGCGAGAUUUCCUUCUUUUGAGAAGCUACACAGAUACCAUCCUUGGCAGAGAGAUACUAGCUAAUGAUAUUCCUUUCAUUUAAAUUAAAUAGAGGAAGGUUUUUCUCUCUAAGUGUCUCGAUUUUUUUCAAUAAAUAAGCUAGAUCUUUUGUUUGCGUUACUCUAAAGCUUUGAUAUUUCUAGAUUGCUACAAUUCAACUCUCCAUGAUAUAAAUUGCUAUUGAAUUUAGGAAACUUUAUUAGUAUUAUUCUUGCCUAUAUGUAUUGAUAUUAUGCAAUGAAUGUGUUGUGGAGGAUAUUUCAUAUCCAUUAACUUCAUAAAUAUUUUGUAACCAAUUCCUAGUACCCAACAUUCUAAUUAUUUUCCCA